GAAGUUAUGGAAUCGUAAACAAUAUCUUAUAUGGUGCAGGUUUAGGAGUUGGUGCUGUUGGAUUUUCACUAGCUAUUUUAAGUUCAACUAUCUUAGCUUCUUCUGUUCUUUUCUCCACAUAUUUUUGUGCAAAUACAUGUAACGUAAACGAAGAUGACAUGGAUGACGACUUUAUAUAA